ACUGCCUAGAACAGAACCGCAGAGUUCAUAUGCAAAUAUAUUAUUUUCCACACUUGAAAAUCAAAUAACUUUCUCCCUAUAUUUUUAAAAUGGUUGGUUUCACAUCCGUCUCACCGGGCAAACCUUUGCCAAAAAUUAGGGAGGAAACCCUCCCCGACUAUUUGUUUGAAAGGGCAAGCUAUUUUACGCAACUGGGGCGUACGGUGUUUCUGGAGGACGGGCUGACCGGGGAGCAGAGGACGUUCAAGGACUUUGAAUCUCAAACGCUCCAAAUUGCGAGUUGUUUCUACAAGCGGGGCCUUCGCAAGGGUGACAUCGUCGUUUACAUGACGUCUCGCCAGAUACACCAGGUCAUGAUGAUGAUGGGCGUUUGGCGAGCGAAUGGAGUCGUCCGUUCCCUCUACAUUGAUGAGUCCGAAGGUAUUGUACAAUAAUUUCAACAGUCGUGCCACGCAAUCACAUAGGUAAAUAACUAUGAACCCCUACAAGCGAAAUAUUGCAAUAGGGCGAAAUAAGUAAUUCCCCCAAAAAUUAUGUGGUGGUCCAAAAGGAUCCUCCCCCUGGGGUCAUAUGCCGAUCUCAAAUAUCUUGAUGGGUUUUCCUGCUGACUGACCCCGGACAAAGUCUAGGGUAAAAAGUGGUCGAGUCUAAUGCCCACUGGAUAUUUUGUGACGCCGAAAAUGCCCAAAAAUGUCAAACCAUUGCCGACAAGGUUGACUGGACGGUGGAGAUCGUCAUCUGUGGCCAAGGGGUAGAAGGAUUUCAGAAUUUUGACGAGUUUUUCAAAGACGACGGGAAAGACGACGCUCCAACGUUUGAAAUGAAGGGGGACGACAUGGCGUUGAUCCUGCCCACAUCAGGAACCACGGGACCCAGCAAAGGAGCGUGGCACAGUCACCGGGCCAUCGUGACCGAUAUCCGUCACUGGGCCAACUUCCCAUUCAUGGAGCACAAACCAAAUCUUCUCGCUUCGAAGGGGACGCACGUUUCAGGGGCCGUCCUCCCACUCGCCAUUCUGGCGAAGGGUGUCAUGGGCGUCGUGCUGUCCAAAGUCAGCAAGGAGAUCCUCAUUCAAGCCGUGGACAAGUACAAGCCCGGGAUGGUGUUUGCUUUCCCCAGUUUUCUCCUCUCCCUGGGUUCCUCCGACGCGGAGGGUUACGACGUGACCUCGGUGGAAACCAUCCUCACUGGAGGGAGCCCCAUCACGGCAGAAAUCACCAAGGCGUUCUUGGCCAUUGGCAAUGUCAAAACUGUCCUCAUCGCGUUUGGGCUAACAGAGGCACCUUGCGUCGCGACAAAUGCGGACUUGAGAGAAGGUCGCACUCAGGACUCGUAUGUAGACUCUCCUGCAACGACAGUGGGACGGCCUUAUCCCGGAGGAGAACUCCAAAUCCGAGAUCUUGACACGAUGGAAGUGCUGGGACCCAACCAACGGGGUGAAGUCGUGACUCGGGGAGAUUUCCUCUUUCAAGGAUAUUACAAGAAUCCAGAGAGCACCAUGAACGCCUUCAUUGACGGCUGGUUUAAAACGGGGGAUGUAGGAUAUCUUGAUGACAAUGGAUACUUGUUCAUCGUGGACAGAGCCAAGGACAUUUUCAAAUAUUUCCAUAAUCAUAUAUCUCCCACCGAACUUGAGGCUGUCAUCGGCACGCAUCCCGCGGUCAAGGAAGUCUGCGUCUGUCCAAUCCCUGACGAAGGGGGCGAAGUACCGAGAGCGUUUGUAACUCUGAUGAAUCCAAACAAUGACAAACCCUUGGCCCAGUUGGCCACGGAAAUCAAAAAUUUUGCGGACGGAAAGUUGGCCACUUACAAACAGCUCAAGGGAGGCUUGUACAUCGUGGAUGAUUUUCCAAAGGGAAAGACGGGGAAAGUGGUGAGGACGAUGGUGGGACAAAUGCCACUUCCGAGCUACUAGUCCUUUUUUCUCUUCAAAAUUAUAUAGAUAACUACUUGUACCAUUGAUUAGAUUUAAUUAUUGCAAAAAAACUUUAGUUUCAUGCAUAAAUAUUGAUAUGCAUCAGCUUCAUUCGCUGUGAAAAGUAUUUAUUCUUGAUUCUGAUCUCAUCUGCUUUGCUCAUGUGAGACCGAAUUUCAGCCAUUUGGCUUAAAAGGUCAAGGUCGACCCCAAAAUCAAGCCCAAACUCUGACUCGGUUCAAACAAAUAAAUCUAUUGGUUGGAAUAAUUCUGACCAAGUGAGCUGGUGCAAAUGCACGGGUGCAUCUCUCCGCAAUUCGUUUAUUAAUUCGCAACUUUAAUAAAUAAAAAAAACAAUUAUACAAACCUU